AUCUCGUCAUGUAAUUGGCUACCUUCUCUCUGCAUUUGCUUUCUCAUGAAUGUAGCAGAAAAUAACGAGUGAUUGACAUUUAAUACUAUAAGUCGUAUUGUAAACAAGGAUUUUUCUUGUAUCACCUGUCAUUGACAGCUGUAUUGACAUGUUGACAUCUCUACGUCGAGCUUGCGGGCUCCUCGCUCCAAGAAAUAUUAGGGGAUUGCAAACAACAGUAAAUCGUACAUCAGAUCAGCUGUUUAUUCAUAGAGAUAGUGAACAUGACAAUCCUAAUAUACCAUUUGAAUUCGAUGAGGCAAAUAAGAAGCGGAUCAAAGCUAUCCUCGCGAUAUAUCCUGAAGGUCACAAACGUGGUGCCAUGAUACCUCUAUUAGAUCUAGCACAGCGGCAACAUGGCUGGCUACCUAUUUCUGCCAUGCAUAAAGUUGCAGAGAUAUUGGAGGUGCCGCGUAUGAGAGUAUAUGAGGUAGCCACAUUCUAUACAAUGUUUAAUCGCAAGCCCAUGGGGAAGUAUCAUGUACAGAUCUGUACCUGUACACCAUGUUGGUUGAGAGACUCUGAUGCGAUAGUCAAGGCUGUUACAGCAGCUACGAAUUGUGAAAUCGGCGGCACCUCCGCGGACAAACUAUUCACGAUUUCGGAAGUGGAAUGUCUCGGUGCUUGCGCGAAUGCUCCGAUGUUUCAAGUAAACGAUGAUUAUUAUGAGGAUUUGACUCCAGAGACUGCAACAGCUGUAAUAAAUGCUUUUAAAAAAGGCGAAAGACCUCCACCAGGACCACAGAAUGCUCCGAGAUUUGCGGCUGAUCCUGCAGGUGGACUUACAUCAUUAACAUCUCCACCACCAGGUCCUGGAUUUGGAGUUAGAUCCGACUUGUAAAAUAUUUGUUUUUAGUAAAAUUACAGUACAUAUAUCUAUAUA